AUGGCCGCACGAAUGGGGAUUGUGGCUCCGAAUGGUAUUGCUCAAAAAGCUGUCGCAAAGAUAACGUGGGGCGGCCACAUUGACCCGAAGAGUAUUCAGUACUUUGAAGAUCACGCAACUUCGACGUCCAUUGGUGAUGCGGUCAAGUUCACAGCCAUGUCGCAAAUAUACGGCGAAGGUCGACCUUCCAACGAGCCAUGCUACAUCCGCAGUGUGAAGCCCAAUUUUGGGAACCUUCAAGCGGGCGCUGGAUUGGGCUUCAUCAGAACAAUCAUUGCUUUGAGAAAUAGAAUCAUCUUACCACAAGCAAACUUCAGGUUCUUCAACCGAAAGAUCGACUGGGCCAAUGCGGGUAUCAAGGAUGGAUGGAUGGAUGGAUGGAUAGAGAAAUAA